AUGAUCGCCAAGACAUUGACGAUCUUUGGGCUUUGCAGCAUCGCACUGGCCGACUUGGUGAAGACGCCCGUGUCGCACGAAAAGCGUACAGAGCACACAGGAUGCUACAAGUACUUCAAGCACCACCAGGGAUCAGUCCCGGGUGGCACCAACGUCGCCACCAUGACGCCCGCCUUCGUCCUCAAGACGAAGGACUCGCUGAACAUUGCAGGCCCAGCAACGAAAAAGUCUGAUCCUGGCGCUUGUAGCAAGUACUACGACAGCCAGACCGAUCUCGGUGUCUGCCUCUGGAACGGUCUGGCCAGAGACGGCAUCACGCCUCUCGAUCGUUCGGGCUGGCUCAGCGGCGAGAAGACGAGCAACUGCCGAAAGAUGGUCACCGUGACGACGAAUGGAAAGACACUCGACCUGCCUGUCGUCGACGGAUGCGCAUUCCAGGCAGACGGUCAUGCAGACGGAUGUACUGAUAUCUGGUUCACCGUGGCUGCCUUCAACGAGCUGGCGACAGACGCCGAGAAGACGAGCGGUCACAUCGCGCACGUCGAGUGGAUGUGGAAGAGCAACUACAAGAAAGGUGGUUCGCUCCGCAAUGCACCCGUGUAG